ACACACACACUUCCACCCUCCCCCAUCUUGCUUUCUGAGGUUCAGUCAGAAAGCAAACUUUGCAGAGGCAGAAAGCCCCAGCAGGAUCAGAUACAGGAGAGGCUUUCUGUCACUGAAUUUCAUCAAAUUCAUACAUGGACAUACAUUUAACUCCUCUGGAAUGAACUGAAGGACACAUCUGAACCCUGGACUUUACUGCUACUUCACUGGACUUUUCUUUUGGACUGUACUGGACUUUCUAGGGGAUUCCACUGGACUGCGUUGGUUUCUGGUUUCAUUGGUUUUAUUAGUUUUUAGUUAGUAUAGGAUCUGGUGAAAUCUGCUCUACAGUAGGAGAAAUGCUGACAGUGUGUUGACGAAUGGAGUUUGACUGAUUCUGCACUGUAGGACUGUUUGUCUGAAGACUUGGGCUAUCCAAGGUAAAUUAAAUUUAUCCAAUUUAUCUGCUUCAGAUUACUUUGAGUAAAAGGUCAAUUAGAUCCGAUUAUUUAUUCAAUCGCACUAAAGUAUAGAGAAAAUAUAACAAGUCUGGUCUGGCAAGUUUCUCUUUGAUAAAUUAGUUGAAGUGGGUGAAUCUGGGUUAGUUUUUUUGAAGAGGCAGUCAGGUUAUUUAUUCUGACAGUAAGGUCUGGGUAUUCAGUUGAAUGUUUGCCUAGAUUUAACCUCAUGUCUGGGUGGAGGAUGCAAAAGACUAUUAGGAGCAGUAGCAUCUGCAGCAGCAUGAGUCUCCUGUGUGCCCUGUGGCUGCUGAUAGUCUGUCUGGCUUCUGGAAGCCGAGGCCAGAGGCUGAGGGAGACAGAGGGGGAGCAGCCAGCAGUCAAGCCUCAGCUGGCAGAGAGAGACGCGCUUUGCCACCAGGAUGGAUGCUACACUGUCUUCCUCCAGAAAAGAACUUUCAGGGAGGCUGGGCGGAGCUGCAGGGAGCGAGGUGGGACCCUGGCAACGAUGCAUACCGACGAGGCAGCGGGUGUGGUCCAUGAGCUACUGUCGGCCAUCAAGGCACAGGGGACCAGGCAAAGGCUUCGCCUCUGGAUAGGACUACACAGACCGCCACGCCAGUGUUCAUCCACCAGACCACUCAGAGGAUUCGUCUGGGUCACAGGAGACCAGGAUGGCCAGUUCACCAACUGGCUCCGUGAAGACACCCCUGGGACUUGUGCAGCCCCUCGCUGUGUGGCCAUGACUGUCCAUACUUCUGAGAGUGGACGAGAGAGCAGCGACAAUUUCCGGUGGGUCGAUGGCUCAUGUGCACUACCGUUGGAUGGAUAUGUCUGCCAAUACAACUACAAAGGAAUGUGUCCAUCAUUGGAGGACGAGGGUAGAGGCCCAGCAGUUUACACCACCCCAUUUCACCUUGUCAGCACCCUGCUGACACACGUGCCAUAUGGGUCUGUAGCUACUCUACCCUGCCCUGCAGGCAGCUCAGGCGCAGAUGGUCAAGAUGAGCAGACAGUACUGUGUAUGGAGAGAGAUGACGAGACAGUGGGCUGGUCCAGGGACGCCCCACUUUGCUUGUCCAGUGGAGCUCCAAAGGACUGGUGUAGCGGGGACCAUGGAUGUGAGCAGUACUGUCAGAACACAGGCACAGAUUACUACUGUUACUGCUCUGAGGGCUUUACGAUAGAUGAGGAUGGGUACAGUUGCAAACCUGAUCCCCUGAGUCAAACUGACCCCCCUGAAUUAUCUUCUGACUCCGCCGGUCCCACCGAGCAGCCCCACAUGAAAGAAGUCUGUGUGGAGAUGGGGUGUGAGUAUGACUGUGUAGAGACAUCUCGGGGUAUCCGCUGCACUUGCCCCCCAGGUUACCAAAUGGGUCCAGAUGGCCGCAGAUGUUCUGAUGUAGACGAAUGUCAACAGCAACCAUGCCCCCAAGUCUGUGUCAACAUCCCAGGCACCUUCCACUGCACGUGCCAUGCCGGCUACCAGCCAGAUGAUGAAGGCGAGUGUGUGGACAUUGACGAGUGCCUCGAUGAGGGCAGCUGUGAAGACACUUGUGAGAACACAGUGGGGUCCUUCACAUGCCUGUGUAACUCAGGGUACGAACUGAGCAGGGAAGGACAGUGUGUAGAUGUAGAUGAAUGUGUGGGGGAGUCGCCCUGCCAGCAGCAAUGUAUCAACUACAUGGGAGGGUACCAGUGUUACUGUGACAAUGGUUAUGACAUGCAGUCAGAUGGACUUACCUGCCAGCCUUCACCUGAUGAUGAAGAAUAUUCCACUUUGACCCCUGACCCCAGUGACUCUGCACACAUACCUGACUUAAACCCUAACCAUAAUAUUCCUUGGUCCACCUCAUUCACCCCAGACCCAAAUUUUGAAGCUGACACUAACUUUGAUGUUGACUGGUUGACAGAAGCCCCUGAUGUGCCUCAUGGGUCAGACAAUCACCUGAACCAAUGGGAUGCCCAAUCACCUAAACGAUAUCAGACAGCACCAUCCCCAACGCAAAAAGAUAACACAGGCAAUGAAAUUGAUAAUGAUGCUGAUGUUAAGGGAGGAGGUAAAGAUGCUAGUGAUAGAGUGGGAGAUGAGACCGCAAACAGGUCAGCCACUGGGGCCAGUGGGGGGCACGGAUCUAAGAUGGAUAGUACAGAGGAUGUCAACAAUACAGUGGAAGCAGGGGCUGGAUCUGAUGCAGGUAAACAAAAGCAUGAUAAGAGCUGGCUGCUGGUGGCCCUGCUGGUGCCUCUGUGUGUGUUCCUUGUAGUGAUGCUGGCUCUUGGGAUUGUCUACUGCACCAGCUGUGCUGUGGACAAGAGCCUGAGCUUUUCAGACUGCUAUCGCUGGAUACUCCCUACAACACCUCCUGAAAGAAGGGAUGGCAAAACCCAAGCAUGAACCCUAAAAUAAACAAACACAGGUGCAUGCGCACACAGAUGUGUCUAAUGUCCAGAUGUCUGUUAAUAUUUCUCUUAACUGGUCAGUGAAACUACCAUUUGGAUUUAGUAUAGCUGACUGGCUCUCCCAUUCAUCAAGGAAACUGAAUUCUUUCUGUUGCACACCCUUUGUAAAUAAUUCACUUUCUCAUGUUUUUACAAUUCAAUAAAACCAAUAAA